CAUUUGUAAAUUUCAAAUCUCCUUCCCUCUCUGUCUCGCCACUUACUCAGUUACACACUCUUCCCUAUCUGAAAACCCCAAAAACUCUAAUCACUGUCACUCGUUUCCUCUCUAACAGCCAAUCAAGCGAUGACAGUUGUCCACCCGCCUCCGACUCCAGGGCUCGAGCUCUCCAACCCUCCGACGGACGGGAUCUCGAACCUUCGAUUCUCCAACCACAGCGAUCACCUACUCGUCUCCUCAUGGGAUAAGAGUGUGAGAUUUUACGACGAAAGCGCCAACCCAUUGCGAGGAGAGUUCAUGCAUCGUGGUCCUGUACUUGAUUGCUGCUUCUACGAUGAUUCCUCUGGGUUCAGUGCCUGCGCUGAUAAUACGAUUAGAAGGAUAGUAUUCAGCUAUGAAAAGGAGGAUAUUUUAGGUAGACAUGAUGCUCCCGUGCGUUGUAUAGAGUACUCUUAUGCAGCAGGACAAGUGAUCACAGGCAGUUGGGACAAGACAUUGAAAUGUUGGGAUCCAAGAGGUGCAAGUGGGCAGGAGCACACUCUUGUCGGCACAUACCCACAACCUGAGCGUGUUUACUCAUUAUCUCUGGUUGGAAAUCGUUUAGUUGUGGCAACUGCAGGAAGACAUGUAAAUGUUUAUGAUUUGCGAAAUAUGUCUCAGCCUGAGCAACAAAGGGAAUCUUCAUUGAAAUAUCAAACUAGAUGUGUGAGAUGUUAUCCAAAUGGAACAGGAUAUGCUCUUAGUUCUGUUGAAGGGCGAGUUGCAAUGGAGUUCUUUGAUCUCUCAGAGACCAGUCAAGCCAAAAAGUAUGCCUUUAAGUGCCAUCGGAAAUCUGAGGCUGGACGGGACAUUGUAUAUCCAGUAAAUGCCAUUGCAUUCCAUCCUGUCUAUGGUACAUUUGCAACUGGAGGUUGUGAUGGUUUUGUAAAUGUGUGGGAUGGAAACAAUAAGAAGAGGCUGUAUCAGUAUUCAAAGUACCCAACAAGCAUUGCUGCUGUUUCAUUCAGCAGAGAUGGGCGACUGUUGGCUGUGGCGUCAAGUUACACAUUUGAAGAUGGGGAUAAGCCACAUGAACCUAAUGCCAUCUUUGUACGUAGUGUAAAUGAAAUUGAAGUCAGGCCAAAACAUCCUAACCCUCCAGCAUAG